AGUUUUCACAAAAUGUCUACACAAGAUUCAUCCGAAAAAAAGGAAAAUUCUGUUGAACACGGGGCGUUUGUGACAACAGAUUCUUUUAAUGAUCUUGCAGAUGCGUACUCUUCUCCUAAACUUCUGAGUGUUUCCAAUCGGAAUCAAGAAGUGUCUUCAAGUAAUUCCUAUGAUGAAAGGGCUCAAUUGUACCCAGAAGACGACGAGGACACAUUAUAUGUGGAGAGUGAGGAAUUCAAAAGGGAAGAUAAACAUGUAUUUGUAUUAUCCAAAGCGGGAAAACCUGUUUAUAGCUUGCAUGGCAAUGAAGAUAAAUUAGUUACAAAAAUGGCUACAAUUAUAGGCUUGAUAAGUGUUGCCGAAAGCAUUAGAAAAAAAGAUACAUUAAAGGAAAUUGUGGCAGGAAAUAGAAAAAUUGUCUUUGUCGUAAAAGAAUACCUUGUUCUAGUCGCAAUAUCAUCCAGAGGACAGUCAACGUCCUAUCUAAAUCUUUUACUAAAUUAUGUUCACAAUCAAAUAUUAUGUUUAUUAACAUAUACAAAGCUUAAAUGGAAAUUUGAUAAUCGAUCAAAUUUUGACCUUAGGAAUAUUCUAGCUGGAGAUAACACGGAUAAAUUUUUUUCAAAUCUGAUCUCAGACUUUGAUAUAAACCCUAGUUAUAUGCUCUGUUCUGUAAGAUGUCUACCAGUUCCUGACAACAUAAGAAAUUCAUUAGGAAAAGUCAUAGCUAAUGCAGGAAGUAAAAAUAUUAAUAAAAUAGCUUUUGCUUUAUUAAUUUGUGAUAAUUUAUUGACAACUGAAAGUUUAGUACCUAUAUGUUUUCCACAUUUUGAUAACGCUGGUUAUCUGUUUGCCUUCUUGUCAUUUUUGGAUGCUAAUCUAUGCUUGAUUCUCAUUACUGCAUCCGAUGAAGAUCAGCUAUUAAAUAUGAGAGAAACAAAAAAGCAAAUUUUGGAGAAAGCUCACAAACCUCUUUCAGUAAUAAGACAAAUUGCAACCGAAAGACCAAAUUAUGAAGUUUCAGCAAUAGGAAUCCCAGAGUUAAGGCAUUUCAUGUAUAAGAAUAGGAUGUCUGCUCAAUGGCAUGCUCCCAAUUUUACUUCGCCCUUUUCAACCCCAGAUGAACAAUCAAAGCUUAUUCAACUAUAUGAAAGUGUACACGCAGCCAUGCACACGCCCGGUUGUCCCUUAAUGACUUUUUGGAAAGCGGCUGAUCGACACAAUAUAAUGGCUACUUCCACGAAUGAGCAUGAAGUUUAUGCCAUAUUCUCUCCUCUCACUUCAAAAGCCGUUGCUCACUAUUCCAUGCAAAAGAUUAUUAAAUGGGUAAAGAAGGAAGAAACUAAAUACGUAAUUUGGAAUUCUCCAACAUUUUAA